AUGGCUAGAACCGCUGAACCUAUCGGCGAACCAGACCCCUCUUCUAAGGUCUCUGGUGUCCAGAACGAACCCAGAAACGAUGACCGCCGCUGCGUUUUUAUCCACCGUGCUGGGGAAGCCCCGCGGGAGAUCACCUAUCGAGAAUUUUUGACCAUCUGUCGUGAUGACCCUCACUCAGUACUCGCAAUGAACAACGAAUAUGAUCCUGACCUUCGUCAGCAGCUUCAGGAAUCCGAAACCAAGAUCAGAGAUUUGACUGCCCAGAUCCAGAUCCUAGUUCAGGAACGAGACAAAUACCGAAAUGCCACAGCGGAGUAUGCCCUUCGUUUCCAUAGAGGAGGAAGUUUAGCUGCUUGGAACAAACGUGACCCACCCCUCUUGACUGAUGGAAAGAACCCAAAGUUCGAAGACUGGGUCGUCCAGAUGAAAAGCAAGCUCAAGACUAACGCGGACCAUUACUACUACGAUAACGAAUCUCUGCCUGACGAGAUCUUCACCUACCUCCAAGUAAUCUUCCACGAUCCGAGCCGUCGCUGGAAUGCUAAUCGCCAGUUCACCCGGCUUCAGAUGAAGACCGAUCAGAAGUAUCACGAUUUCCUUGUUGAGUUCAUGAGGUUGGCUGGCGAAGCCGAUAUCAACCCGGAUGACUACAAAGAUGAAAUGUUUCAUAAGGUUACCAACUCCCUCCGGAACCUUACCGUUCAUCAGUACUAUAAGGCCAGUACCUUCAAUGAUUACACGACCGCUUGCCACCGCGCUGCUUAUGCGUUGCAGAUGAAUGACGAGUGGCUCCGCAACACUGCUCGUAACACUAGAAACCCAUAACCCAGGAUCAACCAAUGGUGCCUGUAUCUAGAGAUAAUACAAUGUCUUUUCUAUGGUUUGAGCAUUACAUUACAUUACUUCAAGCUGAAGAGGAUAAGAAAGAAGGAUUUGUUGGGGGGGGGAGGGUUCGUGAUGUUUUAACGAGCUCCUCGCUCUCUACUGACCACUUCUCCAUCUAGAAGACGGUGAAAAAUUAGAACUGGCAGAAUCUCCCGACUUGUCGGACAGAGG